GAAAGGGAAAAGAAAAAUAUUUCUCCUAUACUUCCGGUAGAGUUGAGAAGCUUUUCAUUUCUUCUGGUACCUCUCUAGUGGUUGGAAAUAUUGCCAAGAAACGCCUUACCUGGUUUUUGCCAUAUUCUCUCAUCUUGAUACACAUUGUCACAUCUACUCAGCACCAUGGCGAUAAGAGUUGUAGGUCCACUACUUGUGACCCUCGUGAUCCUGGGCUACUUCCAGACAUCGAUGGCCUCCUCAGGUAUCAAGUGCAGCCAUACCUGUUUAUCACUGCAUCCUCAGCAACGCUUCUGUGAUGACGAUGUAGUUCUGAAGGUGAAAAUCAUGUCCCGGUAUUUUGUGAACGCUAAGAACGAGGUAGUGCAGCAUCCCUACAGUAGUUUUGUUCGCUACGGGGCACGGGUCCUCAUGUCCUUGAAGGAGUCACCAUUUGCCAAGGAGGAUGAAGACAUCUUCUUCUACUCUCCAAGCUAUGAUUGUUCUAUAGCGGUACCAGAACUCAAGGACGUCUAUGUCAUAGGAGGAAAGGUUAUAGAUGAACUGCUGGUCGUCACUUCAUGUGAUGGGAUAGCCAUGAGGUUUGAUAACCUAACAUCAGACCAACGAAGAGGAUUCAAGGACAGAUACGAGGAGCAAUGUGGCUUCUGUACGAUCCAGGGGGCUGGUACCACCAAAUACAUAGGGGGUGACCUGGCAGAAGAUGGGCAGGAGUCAGGGUACUGGAGUCCAAAAGAAUGUUUCUAUAACCCCUACCCAUCCGUCAGAUACGGCGGGCAGGACUGCGAGACCCUGUAUACCUUCUGCAGGCCCCACCCAGAUACCGGUGAAUGUGCGUGGGAGGAAACGAUGGACUAUGAUGACUGCUUCGAUGCCAGAGAAUCUAUCUGGUUCUUCACUGAGAAGAGCCAGCCUGCCUAUACCUGCCGGUCUCAGUGCAUGGUUCAGCCCACCAAGCUCCUCAGGUGGAGGUGUCUCAAAGUCAUCAAGAAACUAGAGAUGAAAGGCUUAAUUCAACGCUGCUAAGUAUAUAUUAGCACACACGACCAACGGCCUAUAAGACCAGCAACCCAUGAGACCGACAACCCAUGAGACCGGCAGCCCAUGGGACUAGAAAUCUUUCAGGCCAUCUGAUUUUUGAAAAUCACUCAUUAAUUAUGAAAAUACUGGCUUAUACAGUAAUGUGUUUACAUGGGCAAAGGAACUUCUUUCUUCAUCAAGAUCUCAUUACAUCUUUAGUUUCAUUAUACAUUUCAUUACAUACCAUUCCUUUAUCUCAAUACUAUACAUCCCAUCAUCUUUGAAAUUCCUCUUCAUUUUUGUUAAAGUGGUGAAACCACUCUAGACAUUUGCGGAAGUUUUUCAGAUCAACUAGGAAGAUCCUGAUUUUUAGAUUUGGAAAUCAUUACCUUCCUUCCAAUUAUAGAGAAGUUUUACAGCGUAUUGGUAUUUUUAAAGGGAAUAGUCUGACAUUGAAAUGGAUUUAUAGUACCCAGGUCAGAAUGAAUCAAAGUCUUGACUAUUUCAUUUUGUUAAAUUGCAAUAUAUAUAAAUAUUCAUGAGAUGAUGGUAAAUUUAUGCCUCUUAGUAGACAUUUUAAUGUAAUAAAUAUAAAAGUAUUUCUGUAGGAAAAUAUGAUAUCAUCUCAUCUGCAGGCUCUAUUUAAAGAGUAAAUGACAUCAUUUACAAUUAGCAUGAAGUGAUCUAAGGCACUGCCAAUUAAUAGUUGUUGCCUAUCCAGCCCUAUUUGGUGAGGGUAAUGAAAUAAACCUAAAUGUAAAGAUACAUUUUUUUGUUAUUGAAUAUUUAAACUGCAAAAGAUUUUCAUAUUCAUGUAUCAAUAACUUGAAGUUGAUACAUAUAUUUUAAUUUAUGCCAACAUCAAUUCAGAUUUUCUAGGUUUUAGAAUGCAUAGGUAAGUUCACAUGCCACUUCAAUCCAAGAAACUUUCACAAGCACAGAAAGGUACGGCAUGCCUGUAAGUUCAUACUCUAUGCAUUGGUAAAAAGGGUCUUCCAAUGACGUGCACAAAUUUGCUUCCAAACAUGAUGUUAUUUACUCAGUCCGAACCCUGAAUAGGACAGGUUAAACUCCUAGGAACCCAAACGCUUGUCCUUCACCUUAGUGCCUAUUGUCAGCUCCUAUACUUGGGGGUAUAUGGUGUGAAUUGUUCCUCUCUCUAUUGCAGAUUGUUUGGGUACCAAAUAAGUCCGCCCAUAGAAGCCAUGUUCACUUUGGCACUAAUUGUUAUUGCUCCUGGACCGGGCAAAACAUGGUCGACAAUGGUAGGCGAAAAAGUCAAGAUCUAAGUUGUCGAUUUUGCUUCAAACUCUCUCACGGAUUGCAGAAGCAAUGGCAAUAGAUUUGUGUCCACGCAGUUUUCCCAUCUCAUUGUAUAUUGCACUCUCAUUCUGGAGUAGUCAGGGUGUGAUUAUUCCUUGGAACUAUUUGGAGUCCUUUGUAUGUGGUGCUAAUAAAACCUUGACUUUUUCUUUGGAAA